AUGAUCAACCUGGACAUUGCCAAUCUGAACGAUGUGAAUUUAAUUUUAGAGAGGCUUGAGGCACACGACAGAUUUAUCGAGGCCAAAAUUGAGUUGUUCGAAGAAAUUGACAAGGCGCCCCCCAGCUACAGCGUAGGUGCGGACCUCGCAGGGGACGGCGACAUCGGCGAUAUGGGCGAUAACGGCGAUAUCGGUGACAUAGGCGAUAUCGGCGACAGCGGCAAGGGGGGCACCUCGGCUGUCACACCGGCUAGCUUACCCGCUAACACCUCGGCUGUCUUAUCCGCGGACACCUCGGCCGGCACGAGCAACACCACCGACUGCAGCAGCAAGCGGGGGCCGCCCAAAAACGCGAUAAAGAAAAAACUGCCAGAAGUGAUAAACAGCAAGGAAAAAAAAAACAUCCUCACGAACGUCAUCAACAUACUAAACUACGUAUUCCCAGAUUACGAAUUUAAAUUUUUAAGUAAAUCAAAUUUGAAGCAAAUGAAAAAUAUGAACACGGUCAUAGAUAACAUAAACUACAAUUUAUUUUACGUCAUUGAAAAUAUAUAUCGCGGAUUUAACAAAAGGGUUUGGAAAAUUUUAAAAGAGUUGAUCGAUUUUAAGCACUGCGAUGUGUACACGUAUUUGAACGACACAGAUAAUGACCCCUAUGUGGAUAAGGAAAGCAUUUCAAGUUUUAAUUAUUUUUUUUUUGCGAAGAAAAAUAAACGGAUUUUAUUCAUUUCGUGUAUUACCAAGCCAAAAUAUAAACACCAAAAUGACGAAGACUUUAACAAUAUCUUUUUAGGCAUUCAGGAUGAACCCUCCAUCAAUAAUCAAAAUGCCUAUGAUGAGGAAAAUUCGUCGGCCUAG